GAGAGAGAGACAGAGAGAGAGAGAGAUGGAGGGAGCCGUUCAUCCAUCGGGAGGAGGAGGAGCUCAGGCGCUACCUGUCCUGUCGGUGCCGUCUGUUGUCCCUCUGAUCAGCUUAGAAGCGUUAAAGCUUUCCAGCAGCGAGCACUGAGGCGACGGAAGGCAGACGCAGCGUCACGCCGCCGGUCUCGCUCAUUCAUCAGCGGCGGGGAACGCUACAUUCCGCCCCCACCCAUCUCCAUCUCUCCCCUCGGCACACACACACACAUCGUUUUCCAAUGGCUACCUGCAGGGCGCACGCAUGGGCGUUCCAGGUCCUGCUCCUCCUGAGUGCGUCUCGGGCUUCCCAGUUCCCCUCCCAGCUCCUGAUUAAAGAAUGGGUUGAUCAGAUGCAGAAAGAACUCAUCACUCUGGCCGACACCGCCACAGGAGGCAAGAGUCUCACCCAGAUUUUCUUAAGGAACAAGAACCUCUAUAGUGUGGAGCAGAAUGACGCCGAGGAGCUGGUGGCCAGAGCGGCCAGGAACAUUGAACAACUGCUGCGCAAGAGGUCAACAGCCUUAGAGAAACUGGCUACAGCUGCCGAGAAGUUCCAGAUGAAACAUCAGUGGAAAGAUGAGUAUGAGGAUGAUGAAAUUGCAUACUACAAUUCCAAGGACAAUCUGGAUUCAAAUGAAACUGAGGGACGCAAAUCCCGCCUACGGCCCGACUUUAAGGAGGAUCCGUCGUUUAGACGCCUCACGGAUCACAGCCACACGGCUGUGCACAUCCCCACCGACAUCUAUGAUGGCUCAACCAUUGUGCUGAAUGAGCUGAACUGGACCGAGGCUCUGGAGGACGUGUUUAAGAAAAACAGAGAGGACGAUCCCACGCUUCUUUGGCAGGUGUUUGGAAGCGCUACAGGUCUGGCCCGCUACUACCCAGCAUCUCCCUGGAUGGAUGCUCGCAAGACACCCAGUAAAAUUGACCUGUAUGAUGUACGCAGGAGACCCUGGUACAUCCAAGGAGCCGCUUCCCCCAAAGACAUGCUCAUCCUGGUGGACGCGAGUGGCAGCGUUUCCGGCCUGACGCUCAAACUGAUCCGGACAUCCGUCAGCGAGAUGCUGGAGACGCUGUCGGAUGACGAUUACGUCAACGUGGUUUAUUUCAACACUAUGGUGAAGAAGACGGCGUGCUUUGACCAUCUGGUUCAAGCCAACGUGAGGAACAAGAAGCUGCUGAAGGAUGCUGUGCAGAACAUCACGGCCAAGGGCAUUACCAACUAUACCAAGGGAUUCGAAUUUGCAUUUGAGCAGCUCGCUGCGACAAAUAUAAGCAGAGCGAAUUGUAAUAAGAUCAUCAUGUUGUUUACCGAUGGAGGAGAAGAGCGGGCACGGGCCAUACUGGAGAAAUACAACGCUGACAAAAAAGUGAGGAUCUUCACCUUCUCCGUGGGACAGCACAACUAUGAUAAAGGACCCAUUCAGUGGAUGGCCUGCUCCAACAAAGGAUAUUUCUACGAGAUCCCCUCCAUUGGAGCCAUAAGAAUCAACACACAGGAGUACCUGGAUGUCCUGGGCAGACCCAUGGUUCUGGCGGACAAGCAGGCCAAACAAGUGCAGUGGACUAACGUGUACCUCGAUGCACUGGAACUCGGGCUGGUCAUUACCGGGACCCUUCCCGUCUUCAAUAAGACCAAAACCAAAGACGACAGAAAUGGGGAGCAUCAGAAUCAGCUCAUUCUUGGUGUAAUGGGCAUUGACGUCUCGCUGAAUGACAUCAAGAAGCUCACGCCACGUUUCACAAUUGGCCCAAAUGGAUACUACUUUGCCAUUGAUCCCAACGGCUAUGUCUUGUUGCACCCCAAUCUCCAGCCAAAGAAUCCUAAAUUCCAGGAGCCGGUUACUCUCGACUUCCUGGAUGCAGAGCUGGAGAAUGACAUUAAAGUAGAGAUCAGGAGAAUGAUGAUCGAUGGUGAGAUCGGGGCGCGGACUAUUCACACCCUGGUGAAAACUCAGGAUGAGAGAUACAUUGAUAGAGGAGUAAGAACGUACACUUGGGCGCCAGUCAAUGGAACCGAUUACAGCUUGGCUCUGGUUCUGCCGAAAUACAGCGAGCAUUUCAUUCAAGCCAAACUCGGCGAUGACAUCAAGCAAGCAAUGAUGAUGGAAACCCUCCAGCUGGAGAAUUUUGACAACUUUGGUCACACCUUCAUCGCUCCACGGGAAUACUGCAAAGAGCUGACGUUGUCACUCAACAACACCCAGUUUCUCCUCGAUUUCAACCAGUACAUUGAUAGGAACACUCCAGAUGCAUGCAACGUAUCCCUUGUGAGUCGACUCAUCUUGGAUGCAGGCCUGACAGCCGAGCUGGUUGACAGGUGGAGACAGCAGAAAGUGAAUGGGACGGUGGCCAGGUUUGUAGCCACAGAUGGAGGAAUCACAAGAGUCUUCCCAAGAAGCGCCGGAGAAGAUUGGUUGGAGAACCCAGAGACGUACGAGUCCAGCUUCUACAAGAGAGCCUUGGACAACGACAUCUACAUUUUCACAGCUCCGUCUUUUAACAUUGCAGCAGAAGGCCGAGAGAGCGUGUCCGAAUCUGGUAUCCUCGUCAGCAAAGCCGUGGAUCUCACCAUCAAUGAAGUCACGCUUAAGCCGGCGGUGGUGGGAGUGAAACUGAAUGUCACUUUCUGGAUGAACAGUUUCAUGAACGCCACACUCAAAGAGAAUUGCAAAGAUGAGAUCUGUGGCUGUAUGAGGAAUGACAAGCAUGUAGACUGCGUCAUCCUGGAUGAUGGAGGCUUUCUGCUCAUGUCCAAUCAGGAUGAUUACAUUAGCUUGAUGGGUCAGUUCUUUGGCGAGGUGGAUCCCGUGCUGAUGAUCAACCUGGUCAACACGUCUUUGUACUCCUUCAACAAGACCUACGACUACCAGUCUGUUUGUGACCCGGAGAAAGACAGCAAGGCUGCGGCGGGGCCUUGCUCUGUCUAUGUGCCAACCAUCGCAGACUUGCUUAAUAUUGGCUGGUGGGCUUCCACUGCUGCCUGGUCGAUACUCCAGCAGCUCUUCUAUGGCCUCGCGUUCCCCAAUCUUCUGGAGGCAGCGGAGUCAUCGGAUGAGGACAUUCCUGACGCCAUGUUUAAAGAAAGCUGCAUCACGGAGCAGACGCAAUACUUCUUUGACAACGAUGAAAGAUCCUACUCAGGGGUCCUGGACUGUGGAAACUGUUCAAGGAUGUAUCGAGCGGAGAAGCUACCAAACACCAACCUGGUGUUCCUGAUCACCGACGCCAAGGCCACGUGUUUGUCAUGUGACCCCAGGCCACUGCGACAAGCCGAACAACCCUCUGAAGGUCCAGAUCCAUGCGAACUGGCCCAGAACCCCAGGUACCGCAAGGGCCCCGACGUGUGCUUCGACAACAAUGAAAAUGAUGAGCCCUUGUGUCCAAUCAGCAGAGGGUCCACAUUGAGCUACUCAGUCCUGCUCUUGUUUCUGUGGCUGCAGCUCACUUUUUUUGGGAAGACGACUCUGAUUGCGGCGGUGGGACCGGCUUGAGCCCGAGCCUUGGGACCACGCUCGCGCUCCAGCUGCUUCUGCUGCUGUGGCUCGGCAUGCCUUCACCAAGCUCCUGACGCCUUAUGAACAUCCAAAAGCACAUGGCUCGAAAGACUCUCAGCAUAAAUUGAGGCAGUGAAAACGCUCUCAACAAGCGGUCUCAUUUCAGAAGAAGAGGCCGCGGGAUGUCCUCCGCGACGGUUUGAAGAUAUUUCACCAACGCGGUGUUAUUUUGUUCCCCACGCAGUCUUGGCGUCUUCAUUUUCUGAUGCCAAAGGUUUCUCGCUCAUUUCCUUUUCAUCGCUAACCCUGCUCAACUGCUUGGUUUCAUCCUGCACCCUAGAAUAGUCCACUCGGGGGUGCGAGGGUAAGCACGAACUAAACCCUUUAAUUCUGUUUCGUUCAAGAUUGUGUGCUCACUGACAACGUUGAAUUGUGUAGUUGUUGCUAUUGUUUGUAUCGAUUGCGUAUUGAGGGCGACGAACCCAACGUCCCGUUACUCUUUUUGUCGUCGAGUAUUUAAACAUUUAUUGUACCUGCUCAAUGGGCAUUUUGCUACUGGCUCAGUGUCGUAUCGUAGUGAUGUGCGCUUCAUAUCAAACAAAGGACAAUAUACCUGGUAAUCUGAGCCAUACCACCCAAAAUGUUAAAUUAGCACACCCACAAAAUGAUGUUGUUUUAAGUCUUACCGUUUUGCAUUGCGCGCAUACGACCACAGGCAGAGAUAUUCGAACUUCCACUAACAAUCCAGGCUAAACUCCUCCCCGAUAUAUUGAGAGACUUGAGAUGUGUCACGUCGACAUAUAUCAUUGAGUCCAAUUCCUUAUCAGGUUGAGCUGAUUUGCCAUCUUGUAACAUGAUCAAGUUUUACAGAGAGCAAAGGUUUUUCAGCACAUAAUAGAGGAUAAAAAUACCAAUCUACCUUUUCAUAAUGUUUGUAAACAGUAGAGAAACGGCUCCUUUCAAGGAGCCGAAAAGGAAAUUGACUUUUGCUGACUUGAAAUGAAAAGGACAACAAAAACUUGUAUUUGGCCUUUGGGGAUAGAGGUAUAUAAGAUAGCCAAAGUUUUUUUUUUUUGAUUGUUUAUUUUUUUGGGGGGUUCUGUUUCCGUAAAAAAUAAAUACAAAUGAAUCCAGUGGAACCUGUGGCUGUGGGGGAUAAAUGGAGAAGAUCGCCAGACAGCCUUUUGGCAGAUUAGGUUUAUUGACGGAUGGUGGCACUAAAGAUUGCUUGUGUGUUUGCCACCCUGAGGGAUGUGUGAUGUCAUGAUGAAAAGGUAGGAAUAUUGAAUCACAAAGUGGUCAGAAAUGACACCAACGCCCCCCCCCCCCCCCCCUGGUAUCAAAUUGAACAUUUUUAUAUCUGUUUUUUGGGCUUCCUUUACUUGAUGCAUUGAAUUCCCGGUGCCUGCGUCUUAACUCAGAUGCCCGUUUUUCCACUGCACAGUGCCUACAUUCGCCAUUAGAAGAAAACAAGGCACCAUCUCCAGUUCCUGGUCAGCUGGGGUUACAAGCAUAUUCGUAGAAAUGAC